CCUCCGCCCAGUCCCGAGCGGCGAUGGCGGCGGCGGCGGCGGCGGCCCGAGCGGCGAUGUUGCCCGCGGCGCGGCGGCGGCUCUGGGGUUUCGCCGGGAGGCUCCUGAGCGGAGGCGCCGCCUGGCGGCCCGCCUGUCUUGGAGGAGACAGAUGGAGGAGCACCCAGGCCGCCGCCCAGGUUGUUCUGAAUGUCCCCGAGACACGGGUGACCUGCCUGGAGAACGGACUCAGAGUGGCCUCCGAAGACUCGGGGCUGUGCACGUGCACGGUUGGGCUCUGGAUUGAUGCUGGAAGUCGAUAUGAAAAUGAGAAGAAUAACGGAACAGCUCACUUUCUGGAGCAUAUGGCUUUCAAGGGCACCAAAAAGCGAUCCCAGUUAGAUCUGGAACUGGAGAUUGAAAACAUGGGCGCUCAUCUCAACGCCUACACCUCCAGAGAGCAGACCGUGUAUUACGCCAAAGCGUUCUCUAAGGACUUGCCGAGAGCUGUAGAAAUUCUUGCUGAUAUAAUACAGAACAGCACAUUGGGAGAAGCAGAGAUUGAACGUGAACGUGGAGUAAUCCUUAGAGAGAUGCAGGAAGUUGAAACCAAUUUACAAGAAGUUGUUUUUGAUUAUCUUCAUGCGACAGCUUAUCAAAAUACUGCACUUGGACGGACAAUUUUGGGACCAACUGAAAAUAUCAAAUCUAUAAAUCGUAAAGACUUAGUGGAUUAUAUAACCACGCAUUAUAAGGGGCCAAGAAUAGUACUUGCCGCUGCUGGAGGCGUUUCCCACGAUGAACUGCUUGAGUUAGCGAAAUUUCACUUUGGUGACUCUUUGUCCAGACACACAGGAGAAAUGCCAGCUCUGCCUCCCUGCAGAUUCACGGGAAGUGAGAUUCGAGUGAGGGAUGACAAGAUGCCUCUGGCACACCUUGCAGUAGCUGUUGAAGCUGUGGGGUGGGCACAUCCAGAUACCAUCUGUCUCAUGGUUGCAAACACACUGAUUGGUAACUGGGAUCGCUCUUUUGGAGGAGGAAUGAAUUUAUCUAGCAAGUUGGCCCAGCUCAGCUGUCACGGCAACCUCUGCCACAGCUUCCAGUCUUUCAACACCUCCUACACAGACACAGGAUUGUGGGGAAUCUAUAUGGUUUGUGAACCAGCCACUGUUGCAGACAUGCUACAUGUUGUGCAAAAAGAAUGGAUGCGACUCUGUACUAGUGUCACUGAAAGUGAAGUUGCACGAGCCAAAAAUCUUCUGAAAACCAACAUGUUGUUGCAACUCGAUGGUUCCACUCCAAUUUGUGAAGACAUUGGUAGGCAAAUGUUAUGCUAUAAUAGAAGAAUUCCCAUCCCUGAGCUUGAAGCAAGAAUUGAUGCUGUCAGUGCUGAGACAAUCCGCGAAGUGUGCACCAAAUAUAUUUAUGAGAAGAGUCCAGCUCUUGCUGCUGUCGGUCCCAUUGAGCAACUACCAGAGUUUAACCAGAUUUGCAGUAACAUGCGCUGGCUUCGUGAUUAAGCUCCUAAUUAAAAUACUUUGAAUAUAUAUAUUUAUAAAACUAACAGAGACUUGCAAGUUUUAAGCUAUUAAUCCCUAAAGAAAAAAAUAAAAAUGAACAUAUAUACUUAAAAAUUUGAAUGAAAUAGUGUCAAACUUUCAGAGGAUGAGACGACCACCACAGUGAACGGCAGAUCUUUGUGCUCAAGAGAAAUGAUGUUGGAGCAGCACACAAAUUAUCGCCAUAAGUAUAAUUUUAAGAACGAAAAUUUGUACAGUAUUUUCAGUUUUAUUAUAAAAAUGCACACACAACAAA